CUGGAGCUGCGAGCCGAGCGCCGGGCUGGGGCCGGGGCCGGAGCGCAGCGGAGAAGGAGCGCGCCCGCCCCAGCCCGAGUCCCGCCGCCGCCGGGCCCCAAGCCAUGGAGCCGGAUAACAGCCCACGGAAGAUCCAGUUCACAGUUCCGCUGCUGGAGCCGCACCUGGACCCCGAGGCGGCCGAACAGAUUCGGAGGCGCCGCCCCACCCCUGCCACACUUGUGCUGACCAGUGACCAGUCAUCCCCAGAGAUAGAUGAAGAUCGGAUCCCCAACCCACUUCUCAAGUCCACUUUGUCAAUGUCUCCACGGCAACGGAAGAAGAUGACAAGGACCACACCCACCAUGAAAGAGCUCCAGACGAUGGUUGAACAUCACCUAGGGCAACAGAAGCAAGGAGAGGAACCUGAGGGAGCCACUGAGAGCACAGGGAACCAGGAGUCCUGCCCACCUGGGAUCUCAGACACAGGCUCAGCGUCAAGGCUGGUUACCCCUGGGAUAGCACAAAAACCUGCAGAAUCCACCCCCAAGAUUCAAGAGCAAUGUGGUGUGCAGCCCAGCACAGAGGACACCUCAGCCCACAUGUCACCACUGGAUUCCCAGGGGGCCAGCUUGGUCUGAAAGGAGUUGACAUCCUGGGAUCGCCACUGCAGUGUGGAAAUUCAUGGACACUGGAUGUUUCUUAAUCUCUUGUUUUUAAAAGUGAUAAAUUUGGUGUUAGGUCCUUGGUGCUUUCCUUCUUUCCAACCUGGGGAUCCCUUCCUCCCUCAGCGCUUGUCUGCGCUCCACAGCCCCCACUCUCAGGACCAACUAGGGAAGGGAUUAGGGAAACUGAUGGAAGCCUUGCCUUUACUUUCAUGAAGAGAAAUGGGAGUCUGGAAGUCAGAGGUCACCUCCAGGCUUUCCUAUCUUACUGAGGAAAGCUCUGCCCACAUAGCCGGGCUGCACUCUGGGAGACUGCUGCUCUAAAACAGAUAGCUAGGACUGUGCUAUGGCACCAUCUGCUGGACAUAAGUGGGAAGUGCACAUUGUCUCUAGACCCUGAGAAAGAAGUAUUUGGAAUUGUCUGGCCUCCA